GAACUGUGAAGGGCGAAGAUGGCUACUUCGUCUCUGCGAGUCCCACUAUUUCCUUUGCUAAAAAAUGUUCCCUUUACAGUUACACCAUAUUUUCGGAGAAGGAGUUGGACAAGGUUCUAUUGUUCCUCUCCUCCUAACUCAUGGCAACCUUCUCGUAAGAAAAAGGUUGUUAUGCGCGUCGCCUAUGUAGGCACCAAUUACCGAGGUCUCCAAAUGCAACAAGAUGAACAUGCACUCUCUACUGUUGAGAAAGAACUGGAAAGUGCCAUAUUCAAGGCUGGUGGCAUCCGCGAAAGCAAUUUUGGGGAUCUGCUGAAGAUUGGGUGGGCAAGAAGUAGCCGCACUGACAAAGGAGUUCACUCUCUUGCAACAAUUAUAUCCUUAAAAAUGGAAAUCCCAGAAAACUGUUGGAGUGGAGACCCUUUAGGCCUUGACCUUGCAAACUGCGUUAACUCUUAUCUUCCUUGUGAUAUCAAAGUUUUAGGCAUUUUUCCCUCACAAAGGAGCUUUGAUCCUAGAAAGGAAUGUAUUAUGCGGAAGUAUUCCUACCUUCUUCCAGCUGAAAUUAUCGGUAUUCAUAGCCAUUCCAGCAAUGAUGAAAUUUAUUACCACAUAUCAGAGUUCAAUGACAUCCUUAAUGCAUUUGAGGGAGAACAUCCUUUCCAUAAUUAUACAGCUAGGUCCAAGUAUAGGAAACAUUUUCCUCUUAGACAGUCAUCAUCAAAAAGUGGCACAUCAGCAAGAGACAGUUUGUCACCAUAUGAGUUUGAAUGUGAGAAUGGUGAUGGGGAUGAAAAUUCUGAAAUUGAUGAGGCAUUUACAGAAAGUAUAGGGUGCCAAAGCCAAAAAUGUUCAGAAAGUUGUAAUUUUGGUGAACCUGUUGUUGGCACUAGCAAUAAAAAUGAAAAUGGUUUGUAUGAUGAACAUUCUAGAUUGGUUGUUCGUGCAAAAUGGUUAUAUGAACCUGAUGAAGCAGACAGAUUAAGUGCUGCCCAUUUCAGAAAAGUUUUUCAGUGUUCUUGUGGCAAGCUGGAAACAUCAGGGGGAUAUAAUUACAUAGAGAUCUACAUACAGGGAGAGUCCUUCAUGUUGCAUCAGAUAAGGAAAAUGGUUGGGACAGCCGUGGCUGUAAAACGCAAGUUACUGCCAAAAGAUAUUAUAAACCUGUCUCUGUUAAAGUUCUCGCGAAUUAUUCUACCCCUUGCACCUUCAGAAGUUCUAAUAUUGAGGGGAAACAAAUUCUCAAUAAGAACACGACCAGGAAAUAUAACAAGACCUGAAAUGCGGACAAUAGUUGAAUCAGAAGAAAUUAACAAGGCAGUUGAUGAUUUUUACACAUCAAUUAUGUUACCUCGAGUAUCAAAAUUUUUGGACUCAUCAAGAUCUCCUUGGGAAGAAUGGAUUGAGAAACUGGAUGCUCACACAAGCAUACCAAAUGAUCAGUUGGAUGAGAUCAGGAAAGCUUGCAAUUCGUUGAAAGAAAAUUUUGAAAAUACAAUUUGUGCUCAUCCGUGAUAAGUGAAUGAAAAGAGUUAAGUAUGUAGCCUACCUGGCCUUGGAUCUAUCGAUGGACAAUCAUACUGGCUCACAACAUGGUAUCAUGGAAAAUUUUGACUUGAAAGAUGUGUUUUAAUGGCUUGAAUAUAGCCAGCAGAAAUGAUUCCUCAAGAUUUCGUCAAAUAGAACAUCUGUGCAGGAUAUGACAACUUCAGAGGCUGACAAAAUUUCACUAGUCAACAAUAACCUCAACUUCAGGUUCCACAAACAAUUUAUUAUAAUCCUUCCGAAAUGGGUUAGAUAUGGGAGGCUUCAGACUUGUUACAGGCAAUCAUAUACUCUCUGGAACGGAUGUAUCCUUUCAUGUCACAUGUUCUUAUUUUCUGCUUAAAAUAAAAUAAUAAACCAUAGAAAGUUCUAUACUAAUUUGCUUCUCCAGAAUUUUUUAUAAUAUGUAAGUUAUUUAUAUAAUUCCCAAUAGUAAAUAGUGCUAAUAAUAUGACAUAUGUGUAGUUUCUAUCAAUUGAUUACAGUUAGACCUACUAGAACACCUAUAUUUUGAUUUUUUUAGCUUAUGCUGAUAUUGAGAUGAGGUGAUGUGGAGUAUGGAGACAUGAAAUGCAAGAAGCAAUAUUCUGCAAUAGUAAUACUGGUCUCUGAACCCUCUUACUCGAGCAACCCAACCCAACAUAAGCUAUUUUGAAUGGUUCAUAUCAUGCACAUUACUUUAUAUGGCUUGUGCAAUUAUCUUUUUCUUAUUUUCAAAUAGAAAUACAAUAAAUUUUGUGUAUUUUUUUUUUACAAUAUUUUAUCUCUAAAUAUAUGAUUAAUCAUUGCUUGUGGUAC